AUGUUGUCCUAUAUAGACAGCGUGUUCGAGAUCCCUGCACAGCUUACAGGCGCAUCGGUCGAUGAGCUCAAGCUGAUCGGCUCAUUCCUACUCUCCUACCCACUGGCUGCCCUGCUGAAACGGAUCCCCGACGCCCAGCCCUGGAAAAAGAAUGCCUUCAUCGUCGGCGCUUCGCUCUUCUACAUUAUUGGACUUUUUGGCCUCUGGGAUGGCUUGCGAACACUCCUCUACAGCGCGAUCGGAACCUACGCCAUCGCCUACUAUGUAGAUGGCUCGCUGAUGCCCUGGAUCGGCUUCAUCUUCUUGAUGGGUCACAUGUCGAUCAGCCACAUCUACCGUCAAAUCGCGGAUGACUCUCAAAUGGUUGACAUCACGGGCGCGCAGAUGGUGCUCGUGAUGAAGCUUUCGUCUUUCUGCUGGAACAUCCAUGACGGCCGUCUGCCUCAGGAGGUGCUGUCCGACCCCCAGAAGUACUCCGCCAUCACCGAAUUCCCUAGCAUGAUGGACUACGCCGGUUAUGUCCUCUUCUUCCCGUCGCUAUUCGCCGGUCCCUCCUUUGAGUAUGUGGACUACCGUCGCUGGCUCGAUACCACCUUGUUUGAUGUCCCACCAGGCACCGACCCAUCCAAGGUGCCUGCCACCCGCAAGAAGCGCAAGAUUCCUCGCAGCGGCACCCCGGCCUUCAAGAAGGCUGUGGUUGGACUACUCUGGAUUGGCGCAUUCGUGUACCUCGGCGGUAUCUUCACCACCGACUUUGUGCUUUCCGAUGCGUUCUUGCAGUACGGUUUCCCGCGUCGCAUGCUCACUGUGUAUCUGCUUGGCUUCACCUCCCGUCUGAAGUACUACGGUGUCUGGUCUUUGACCGAGGGCGCCUGUAUCUUGUCCGGUCUUGGUUAUAACGGAUUCGACCCCAAGUCUGGCAAGGUGUUCUGGAACCGCUUGGAGAACGUCGAUCCCUGGAGCCUGGAGACAGCGCAGAACUCACACGCCUACCUUGGUAGCUGGAACAAGAACACGAACCACUGGCUGCGCAACUAUGUUUACCUGCGCGUUACUCCCAAGGGCAAGAAGCCUGGGUUCCGUGCUAGCAUGGCAACCUUUGCUACUAGCGCUCUCUGGCACGGCUUCUACCCCGGCUACUACAUGACAUUCGUCCUCGGAUCGUUCGUCCAGACUGUGGCAAAGAAUUUCCGCCGCUACGUCCGUCCCUUUUUCCUGACUCCUGAUGGCUCCAAGCCCAUGCCCACCAAGCGUUACUACGACUUCUUCAGCUGGGCCGCUACGCAGCUUACCCUCGGUUUCGCCGUGAUGCCCUUCAUCAUCCUCAGCUUCAAUCAAUCCAUGGCCGUCUGGUCCCGUGUCUACUUCUACGGCAUCGUCUGGGUCGUUUUGUCACUGGUUGUCUUUGCGUCCUUCUCCCCGGUCAAGGUCAUGCUGGUUUCCAAUCUGAAGCGCCGCAACCGGCCUCAUGUUAUGCGGUCUGUCAGCCAAGAAACUGUGCGCCCUCCGACGCUGGGUCUCCCCAAUGAUCCUGAGCGUGACUUUGAUGAGGCCGUGCAGGAGGUCAAGAUGGAGAUUGAGUCUCGGCGUCGUCGGGGCAGUGUGGUCACCAUGCCUACUGGGGAGGAGCUUAAGAUUGCUGUUGAGCAAAAGAUUGGACGUAAACUGUAA